GAAGGGAAAUAGUGAAAUGAUGAAAAAAUAUGAUGGUGGUUCCAGGAAGCUCGAGCGGAAAACAAUCGAGAAGAACCGAAGAAUUCACAUGAAAAAUCUUUGCUACAAGCUUACUUCUGUCGUUCCUUCCUUAUCCUCUCAACCCUAUAAGUGUUUUCCGCAGGAUAGUCUAUUCGAUCAAUCAGCUGCUUACAUCAAACAAUUACAAAACAGAAUAGAACAACUGAAGGAGAAGAGGGAUGCAACAUCCAGAUUGCUUAACAACGGCACCAGAAACGAUCCAAGUUGUUACGAUCAACCGGCGGUAAGUUGCGACGGCGUAAGGCUGCCGACGGUGGAGGUGAAAGAAUUUGAUGAUGGUUUGCAAGUGAAUUUGACGAGUGGAUCGGAACGGAAUUUCACGUUUUCCGAUGUCGUUAGGAUAGUAGAAGAUGGUGGAGCUGAGGUGGUGAAGAGUGGUUACACCACCGUUGGUGGAAAAGUCUUUUAUACCCUCCAUGCUCAGGCAAGAGUUUCGAGGAUUGGUGUAGAGAUAACAAGCGUAUACGAGAGAUUACAAGAGUUGGUCAAUCGGAGCACGUAAACAUAUAUAGAAACCGUAACACAAGCCGUUUAAACUGGUCAAACCAAGUUAAACCAAAUUGUUUUGGGCAGUUUGAAUGGUCUGACGGUCAGGUUCACUUUGAAAAAUAGUCAAACC